AUGUACUCCAAGACCGCUCUCGCUAUCACCUCCCUCCUGGCCGCCGCCGAGGCCAUUAAGGUCACCUCCCCCGCGAAGAACGCCGAGUGGGAUGUCUCCGAGACCAACGAGAUCAAGUGGGACUCUGUCAACACCGACCCCAAGUCUUUCGAGAUCGUCGUUGUCAACCAGUCUGCCUACCCCGAGACUUCCACCACCAUCGCCACUGUCCAGACCUCCGAUGGCAAGUACGACCUGAAGGACGCCAAGCUCAGCGCCGGCGACAAGUACCGCAUCAACUUCGUCUCCACCGACGCCCAGAACUCUGGCAUUCUGGCCCAGUCUGAGGAGUUCAGCCUCACCUCUGACUCUGACGACUCCUCUUCCGCCUCUGCUUCUGCUUCCGCCACUGCUUCUGGCUCCGCCAGCGCCUCCGGCUCUGCCUCUGCUACUGCCUCUGCCACUGGUGCGUCUUCCUCCGGCUCGGCCACUGGCUCUGCUUCCGUCACCAAGACCGCCUCUGCCUCUGGUCUGACCACCGUGACCACCGGCACUGCUACCGCCUCGGCCACCGGAACUGACGCUUCGGCUUCAGGCACCGCCUCCGGCACUGCUACCGGCUCUGCUGCCUCUGGCACCUCCACCUCUGCUCCCAGCAGCGCUUCCGCCGUCAAGUCCACCUUCGCCAUCUUCGGCUCCGUCGCCCUUGCCGCCUACAUGCUCUUCUAA